GUAUCCAUGGCUGCCCACAGAGCUUUUCUCCGAUAUCCGUGAGACACAUUCAGAUCCUGAGAAUCCCACAGAUCGAAGAUCCCAAAGUCGUCUGAGGAGAAAGUUAUCGGAAACCCCAGAAGUACCUUGAACGGCGACGAACCCACUCCGGAGGAAUAUGACACCCUAUCCAAGGUAGCGGACCGUCUACCUAGAGGCGCAUUUCUGGUAGCCAUCGUAGAAUUGUGCGAAAGAUUCGCGUACUACGGACUUUCAGGGCCCUUCCAAAACUACAUGGCCAACAAAUACAACGAUCCGAAUGGACUUCCCGGAGCUAUUGGCCUGAAACAAUCUGGAGCAACUGCCUUGUCCAACUUCUUUCAGUUCUGGUGCUACGUGACGCCCAUUCUCGGGGCGAUAGUCGCCGACCAGUACCUAGGCAAGUACACAACGAUAAAGUAUUUCUCCGUCGUCUACAUCGUCGGCAUAUUUGUUCUUUUUGCUACAUCACUACCCAUAUCCAUUGCAAAUGGAGGCGCAUUUCCGGGCCUUGUUACGGCCAUGAUUAUCAUCGGCCUUGGGACGGGCGGUAUCAAGUCGAAUGUGUCACCCCUAAUUGCGGAGCAAGUUCGCAGCACGAAUGCUUACAUUAGGGUCCUCUCCAACGGAAAACGGGUCCUUGUGGAUCCCGAGCUGACGGUCCAACGAAUUUAUAUGAUCUUCUACAUGUGCAUCAAUAUCGGCUCUGUUUCGGCGAUUGCGACUACGACUUUGGAGCUGCAUGUUGGUUUCUGGAGCGCCUACCUUCUUCCGCUCAUCAUGUUCGGUAUCGGCUUCUUCAUCCUUGUUUCUGGGAAGAAACGUUACGUUAUCCAUCCUCCGCAAGGUGGUGUCAUUGGCAGUUGCUUUAAGGCGUUAUGGAUUGCCAUUACGAAUGGGUUCGACCUCCAGACCGCAAAACCGUCGUUUCAAGGGAAGAGCCAGAGAGGGUACACAAUAACAUGGGAUGAUGUUUUUAUCGACGAACUGAGGACGGCAUUGCAGGCCUGUAGGGUGUUUCUAUUCUUCCCCUUGUAUUGGGUCACAUAUUCGCAGAUGAUGAACAAUUUCGUAUCUCAAGCUGGCCAAAUGGAACUGCAUGGUCUUCCCAACGACAUACUCCCGAACAUCGAUCCGAUCACCAUCAUCCUACUCAUUCCCCUCAUGGACCGGCUCAUCUAUCCUUUUAUCCGCACCAGACUCCAUCUCGCUUUCACCCCUGUUACGCGUAUUACUUGGGGAUUCUUUGUCGCUAGCCUCGCUAUGGCUUACGCUGGGGUCCUCCAGGCCAGCAUUUACUCGUCUCCCCCGUGCUACACCUCCCCUUCCAACUGCCCAGCAGCGAGGCUCGGAGAGGACCACUUUGCAGCUAACAAGAUCCAUAUAGCAUGGCAAGCCCCUGCCUACAUUCUGAUUGCCAUCAGCGAGAUUCUGGCCAGCAUAACCGGCCUCGAAUUAGCCUACGCAAAAGCACCGAAGCACCUGAAGAGCUUCAUCAUGAGCUUGUUUCUCCUUACGAGCGCAUUUGGAAGCGCACUAGGUAUGCUGCUCGCGCCUGUGGCGAAAGACCCGCACCUCGUGUGGUUGUAUGCUGGUUUGGCUUGCACAGCCGCGAUUGCUGGUGCAGCCUUUCACUGGACCUUUGCUGGCGCGGAUAGGGACCGGGGGUUGAAGAGAGUGGAGAAUGCGGAAGAGGAGAUUGAGAUGAUUGCUAGAAAGAGCGAGGAUAGUGAUGGUGAGGGAAAUGCGAGGGGGAAGUUGUAAUACGGC